GUACACAAUGGUCGUUAAUACGAUUUCAAUAGCGUUUCCUAGCUCAUAAAAAGUAUCUCUGGUGUUAUACACCACUGUUGGAUGAGAGCGUUUUGUGAUUCUCGCAGUGCAGCGUGGGAUAGCGGAGGCGCAACCGACCGAGAGAAAUGGAUGUGUUUCUGAUGAUCCGGCGUCACAAGACUACCAUCUUCACUGAUGCCAAAGAGUCCACUACGGUCUACGAGCUGAAGCGCAUAGUGGAGGGUAUCCUAAAGAGGGCACCGGAGGAACAGAGGCUGUACAAGGAUGACAUGUUGCUGGAGGAUAGUAAGACUCUUGGAGACUGUGGCUUCACAAAUCAGACAGCCAGACCUCAGGCCCCAGGGACUGUUGGAUUAGCUUUCCGUCUCGGUGAUGAUGCAUUUGAGCAGCUGAGGGUUGAGCCCUUCUCCAGCCCCCCAGAGCUUCCUGAUGUCAUGAAACCUCAGGACUCUGGCAGCACAGCCAAUGAGCAGGCUGUGCAGUGAAGGAAGCAGGGAGGGGGGGGGAAAUCUGGGAAGUGGUGCUUUGGAUUAGGUAGGCUGGCUUUACAGACUGCUUUAGGGUAACAUGCGAGUGUACCGGUGAGAUCUUUAACUUUGCAGGAAGAACAUGAAUUCCCUCUCACACAGAGGGGAGAAUUUUCAUGUUAUUCCUGAACUAGGCUCACGCAUGUUUAGAUUCACUCACAAGAUCCCUCAACAAACAUUUCUAAUUUGUCAGGCCACUGUCAGUAAGGGGGUUGGGAAAAAAUGAAAAGUACCUCAUUUAAUUCAUACUAGGCUUUUGGGGAGGGUGUAGCCUGUGUUUUGGCUUGGUGGGGAUUUGAGAAGGGAGUGGCUAUUACAUUUUUAGAAUGCCCUCUUGCUGAUUGCUUUUUUCUUUAUUCAAUAUUAAUAUUACAAUUUAGCGUUUUUUAAUUACUCCUUGGGGUGGUAGUAUGUGGAGCAACAAAGGUUUUGUGAGUUAACAUACGCAUGAAUGGAUCUGAAAUAAACACAUGUUGAUGCCAUGACAUAAAAUGUAUAGCAGAACACAUGUACUUGCACACACGGAUGGACACACACACAGAAUGGUGUGAAGAUUUACAAUUGUCAGUUUUUAUUUCAGUGUAAAGGUAUUAAGCUUUCCCACAAUCUGGUUUUUGUUUGCUUGUUUCUUUACCUUUGAACCUUUGCACUGGAGUUCCUGUGUAAUUUUCCCCCCUUGAUUCUCUAUACAAAACUGUACCAAUUUGACCCCCCCCUUCCCCUUUUUUGGGCUGAAGUGUAAAUGGAAACCUUCAGGGGAAAGAGACAGGAAUCACUAAUCUUUUGUGAUAAACAAGCAUGAAGGUACAAAUUACUGGUGUUGAAUUGAAAUAGGUGUAAACUGUCUCAAUUAGAUUCAACAACCUGACUAAAGUGGUUGUCAUGCCCUUUUUUUUAAAGAUAUGAUGGAAAUGGUUCACCAACAAGCUCUUUUAAAACAGGACUUUAUGAAACAAGCAACACCUGUAAUUGUCUUGAGUUGACAUAAAAAACAAACAUUUUCUUUGUCACCUCCUGUGUGGUAUAUUGCUAAUGGACUCUGUGAAAGAUUUUGUGCCAUUCACUUUACUUGGUAUUUGUCAUUCAUAUGGUGAAAUAAAAUCAGUUCAGUGAAAUUUGAAA